AUGGACCGCCGGAACUCCGCCGGAGCUGCGCGGGGGGGAGAUGAAUCACGCCCCUCCCCUCCCACACCCCCGCCGCAAUCCCACGCGGCGCCUCCGCGUUCACUCGUCGAGCGUCACACCCCACGCGCGUCGACACGUGAAUUGAUUUUCCCUCCCGUUUCCCCCUUUCUUCCGCGUGUCCAUUCCCCCCAGGACGAGCUCGUCACGUGCGUUCUCCAGCAUCUCGCGGCGCGAGCGCGCUCCCCCGCGGACCUGGUCAACGCGUGGCUGACGUGUCGCCGCGUGUGCGCGCUAGGCGUCGAGCCGCACGUGCUGAGACGCGCGUCGCCCGCCGCCAUGGCGGUGUCGGCGCCGUCCUGGUCGGACGGCGCGCAUCGGUUCCUCAAGCGUUGCGCCUCGGCGGGCAACCUCGACGCCUGCUACUCGCUCGGCAUGAUUCAGUUCUACUGUCUCGAGGACCGCCGCGGCGGCGCGACGCUGCUCGCGCGCGCCGCGCUCGGCGGGCACGCGCACGCGCUGCACUCGCUCUCCGUGAUCCACUUCAACGGCAGCAGCGGGACGCGCCUCGACCGCGACCUGCUCGCGGGCGUGCUGCUGUGCGCGAAGGCCGCGGCGCAAGGCCACGUGGAGGCGCUUCGGGAGCUAGGGCAUUGCCUGCAGGAUGGGUAUGGGGUUCCGCGGAACCUCCAAGUCGCACUCAUAGGGCCUGGCGCCGCUAUUCCUCUUGCAAACUUCACUGCGACAGAUGUCAACCUCACCGUAUCUGGUGGAAAUUUCACAACCAGCCCGGAAGGGAACUUCACCUUCACUCCUCAAAACGCCUCAGUUUUGUUUGGUCGAGUUACGGGGAAAUAUUUCGGUGAAGAUGUGGACCUGAAGAACGUCUACGUGGACAUCCCCAGCAAUCAAAUCACAGAUGUCGCUGGCCAGAUAUCUGGAACUAAUACUUCUCUUCUGCUGAUGGCUGACUCAGACCCUAUUGUCCGAAUUAGGCUGGUUCUGGCCUCCUAG